AACACCCGGCUGCUGCGCUUCUCCGGCCAGUCGGUCCUCCGCGGGCCAUGGCCAACGUGUCCAAGAAGGUGUCGUGGUCCGGCCGCGACCUGGACGACGACGAGGCGGCGCCUCUGCUGCAGAGGACGGCGCGGCCCGGGGCGCCGGCUGGCGAGAGCACGCCGCUGUUGAACGGGGCCGGGCCGGCGGCCGCCCGUCAGUCACCACGUUCGGCGUUUUUCCGGAUUGGACAGAUGAGCAACGUGGAGCUGGACGAUGAGCUGCUUGACCCGGAGAUGGACCCCCCUCACCCUUUCCCCAAGGAGAUCCCGCACAAUGAGAAGCUCCUGUCUCUCAAGUACGAGAGCUUGGACUACGACAACAGUGAGAACCAGCUGUUCCUGGAGGAGGAGAGGCGCAUCAACCACAUGGCCUUCCGGACGGUGGAGAUGAAGCGCUGGGUCAUCUGUGCCAUGAUUGGGAUCCUCACGGGCCUUGUGGCCUGCUUCAUUGACAUCGUGGUGGAGAACGUGGCUGGCCUGAAGUACAAGGUCGUCAAGGACAAUAUCGACAAGUUCACAGAGAGAGGCGGGCUCUCCUUCUCCCUCUUGCUGUGGGCCACACUGAAUUCCGCGUUCGUGCUCGUGGGCUCUGCGAUCGUCGCCUUUGUGGAGCCGGUCGCCGCUGGCAGUGGGAUUCCCCAGAUCAAGUGCUUCCUCAACGGGGUGAAGAUCCCCCAUGUGGUCCGGCUCAAGACCCUCGUGAUCAAAGUGUCUGGUGUGAUCCUGUCCGUGGUGGGCGGACUGGCAGUGGGAAAGGAGGGGCCGAUGAUUCACUCGGGCUCUGUGAUCGCUGCCGGGAUUUCCCAGGGGAGGUCAACGUCGCUGAAGCGAGAUUUCAAGAUCUUUGAGUACUUCCGCAGGGACACGGAGAAGCGGGACUUUGUCUCGGCGGGAGCUGCGGCUGGCGUGUCUGCCGCAUUCGGAGCCCCCGUGGGUGGGGUCCUGUUCAGCUUGGAAGAGGGUGCCUCUUUCUGGAACCAGUUCCUGACAUGGAGAAUAUUCUUUGCUUCCAUGAUUUCCACUUUUACCCUGAAUUUUGUCCUGAGCAUUUACCAUGGAAACAUAUGGGACCUGUCCAGCCCAGGGCUUAUCAAUUUCGGAAGAUUUGACACAGAGACGAUGGUGUACACGAUCCACGAGAUUCCUAUCUUCAUCGCCAUGGGCGUGGUGGGUGGUAUUCUUGGGGCCGUGUUCAAUGCCUUGAAUUACUGGCUGACGAUGUUUCGAAUCAGGUACAUCCACCGGCCCUGCCUCCAGGUGAUCGAGGCCAUGCUGGUGGCUGCAGUCACGGCCACAGUCGCCUUCGUGCUCAUUUACUCAUCCCGAGAUUGUCAGCCCCUUCAGGGGAGCUCCGUGUCCUACCCCCUCCAGCUCUUCUGUGCAGAUGGCGAGUACAACUCCAUGGCUGCCGCCUUCUUCAACACCCCGGAGAAGAGUGUGGUCAGCCUCUUCCACGACCCCCCAGGCUCCUACAAUCCCAUGACGCUCGGCCUCUUCACUCUGGUCUACUUCUUCCUGGCCUGCUGGACCUAUGGGCUGACGGUGUCUGCCGGUGUCUUCAUUCCAUCUCUGCUCAUCGGGGCUGCCUGGGGCCGGCUCUUUGGAAUUUCCCUGUCCUACCUUACAGGGGCCGCGAUCUGGGCGGACCCUGGCAAGUAUGCCCUCAUGGGAGCAGCUGCCCAGCUGGGUGGGAUUGUGAGGAUGACCCUCAGCCUGACAGUCAUCAUGAUGGAGGCCACCAGCAACGUGACGUACGGCUUCCCUAUCAUGCUGGUCCUCAUGACCGCCAAGAUCGUGGGGGACAUCUUCAUCGAGGGCCUGUAUGACAUGCACAUCCAGCUGCAGAGCGUGCCCUUCCUGCACUGGGAGGCUCCCGUCACCUCUCACUCGCUCACUGCCAGGGAGGUGAUGAGCACGCCGGUCACCUGCCUACGGAGGAGGGAGAAGGUGGGCAUCAUCGUGGACAUACUCAGCAACACGGCAUCCAAUCACAACGGGUUCCCCGUAGUGGAGUUCGCUGGUGACACCCAGCCGGCCCGGCUUCAGGGCUUGAUCCUGCGCUCCCAGCUGAUUGUUCUCCUGAAGCACAAGGUGUUCGUGGAGCGCUCCAGCAUGGGUCUGGUGCGGCGGCGGCUGAGGCUGAAGGACUUCCGGGACGCCUACCCACGCUUCCCACCCAUCCAGUCCAUCCACGUAUCUCAGGAUGAGCGCGAGUGCACCAUGGACCUCUCGGAGUUCAUGAACCCCUCCCCCUACACGGUGCCCCAGGACGCGUCCCUCCCGCGGGUGUUCAAGCUGUUCCGGGCCCUGGGCCUUCGGCAUCUGGUGGUGGUAGACAAUUGCAACCAGGUGGUUGGACUAGUGACCAGGAAGGACCUGGCCAGGUACCGGCUCGGGAAGGGGGGCCUGGAGGAGCUCUCCCUGGCCCAGACGUGAAGCCCUGGCCCCUCCCUGGGGCCCCCACCUCGCUCCCCGGGGCAGCAGUGGAUACAGCAUCCCCCAGUCCUCGGG